AUGGUCGCAGACCCUUUUUGCGGGCAACAGGUGCAAGAGGGUCGGACGGGCGGCACCGACGCAGAAGUGGAGGCCGAGGGGAGCUCUGAGGGGGCGUCUUCUUUUGAAGAACCAGACCUGGCGGACCCCGAGCUUCGGUCGGAGGUGGUGCGCGAGCUCGAGAAGCUGCUGUCGACCUGGGGCGACAACACCUCGAUCUUUUGCGCCGCCAAGCCGCCCGCCACGGGCCCUGGGGUCAUCUACGGGUUCCAGAACGCGCCUGGCGGGCGCGUGACGUGCCCCUACUUCCCGGCAACUCGCGCGAGGGUGCACGACAGCACCAACUUCGGGCUCCUGCGGCGGGGGUCCGAGGUGACGUACAUCUGCCACGGGGAGAGCUGCAAGGCCACCCCGAGGUCAGGCAACUUCCGCCUGGGCGUUCUCCCCCUGCCGAUCGCCGCGGCCUUUGGCGACAGCCCGCCCCUGAACAGCGAGAGGGACCACCUGUUCUCCGACCGGCAGCUGCUGCCGCUGCCCUUCCUUCGAGAGAACCUGAAUAUCAAGAAAGGGGAUGUUGGUGGCGCCAUCAUCCUGGAGCGCCUCUACGCUCGGACGGGCCUGAAAUUCGCCUUCACCUCCUCGGGCUCGUACUACUGGUCCGGUCGUUGCUGGGCCAAGGACGAGAGCGGCGGCCGGAUCCUGCGGGUGCUCCGCGAGGAGCUCUCCAAGAUCGAGGCCGCUUACAUGCAAGAAGCAGAACAAGGGGAGGGAGAAGGGCGUUCGAUCGCCAUGGCCAACGGACCGGCAGGCGAUGAAGACAGCGGAUUGGCGGUGAAGGGAGGCCCUUCAAUCAGGUCGAAGUCGGUGGGUGGCGGGAAGCAGUUCAAGCCGGAGAAGGAGGAGAGGCUGAUCAAUGUCAACUUCAAUGCAAAGAUGUCCAACAUCAUGGGCACAUGCAAGGAGUACUUCUAUCAGCCCAGCUUCCAGUCCCUACUGGACGUGCAGAAGGACUUCCUGGCUGUGGCGAACGGCGUCAUCGACUUGCGGACUGGCGAGCUGCUCCCGCAUCACCCCCGGUUCAUGAACAGCCGGGUGAUCGAUUGGCCGUACUUCCGCGCUGGGUUGUCAUUUCCGAGGGGCGAGAUGGUUCGGUUCUUGGAGGACAUCAUGCACGCCUCCGGAGAGGAUGGGCCGGCCGCUCUGGAGCACCUCCAGGUUCUGCUGGGGUACGGGCUGACUGGUCAUACGAGCAAUCAGGUACUGCCGAUCUUUGUUGGCGAGGGGAGUGCAGGCAAGAGCGUUUUCCUCGCCCUGCUGCGCAAGCUCCUCGGCGCCGCCUUCAAGAAUGUCGGCAAGGAGAUUCUGGUGAACUCCAAAGGGCAGCGAGCCGCCCACAAGGGGGCCGCUUCGCCGCUCGAAGCGGGGCUUGCUGGAGCGCUACUAGCGGUGGUCGAAGAGACCGACAGAUCCGAUUCGCUCAACGAGGCCGGUAUGAAAAAGCUUACCGGCAGCGAUGUCAUCACCGCUCGGCCUUUGUUCCGGGACUAUGUUACGUUCACCGCAACCGUUCUGCUAAUCAUCUGCACGAACUACCUCCCGCGGACGGACAAGACCUGGUCCGUUGCCCUCCGGCGCCGCCUCCAGCUGGUUUGCUUCGUGCGGCGCUACUUCUCGCCCCACGAGAAAGGGUACGAUCCGGCCAACCCGUUGCACGGGCUGGUAGACACGCGACUCCUCACCAAGCUGAGCACCUUGCAGAACAUGCUCGCAUGGCUGGUCGCAGGAGCGGUGAAGUGGUACCAGAACGGACAGCAGCUGUACCUCAUGCCGAAGCGGAGCAUGGACGCCCUGCAGGACUACGAAGAGGCGGCGGACGAUUUCGACAACUUCGUCCUCAACAGCUGCGUCAAGGGCGAUGACCUCUUCAUCUCGACGAGCGAUGCCCUCAAGGCGUACAACGACCCGCAGAGGAUGGUGGGCGGCAAGUGCGUCGGCCAUAUUUGCUCGCUCGACACCAAGUCGCUGAAGUCGGCAAUGAACAACCACGGCUUCUCGGGUCCAGAGAAGCCCAGCAAACUUGGCCUUGGUGUAAAGUAUUGCGGCGUAACGGAGCGAGGAUAUAAGGGUCUUGCGCUGAAAGCCCUAGAGGUUAAGACGGAAUAGGAGGAGAGGAACCACUGAAUACUCGUGGUUUGGAAAAUUGGCCAGGAUUGAUUGUAUUAAGUGAAACUUAAGUACUUUAGGCUGUUGCUUAGUGUGAAUGUUGUAUCUUUCCCGGUAUGGCCUUACAUACAUACAUAUUGGCAAUUGGAUCCCACAAGGAAAACUUCGUACUACUAAUCUCUUAUAUUCUCUUCUCCAAAAAGUCCAUUACAAC